UCAAACGUACCACCAACUGCACGACAACACAUGGAAUCAAAUAAUGAAAUAAUGGACACCUUCCUAUAAAAUCAACCAACAUCAACCUUCCUUUAUUGCGUGCAAGAGUUACCAACAACACCAUUUCCUUCUCCGUCAACGAGCAAUGGCUUCCUCUUCGUCCGCCAUUGUUAUUCUUUCUCUUCUUCCCUUUGUCGUCUUCGUAGCUGCUUCUUCCGCAAGCUUCGUCAAUGGCGAUGACAGCCUCCUAAUUAGCAGCAGUAAUCAAAGAGAGUUCGAUUACUUCAAGUUAGCUCUUCAAUGGCCGGGUACCUACUGCCGUAACACUCAUAAAUGUUGCCAAAAGAAUGGAUGUUGCCGAAAUUCCGGUGCUCCCAAACACUUCACAAUCCAUGGCCUUUGGGCUGACUACAAUGAUGGAAGCUGGCCUUCUUGCUGCACCAAGUCUGAGUUUGACGAGAAUGAGAUAUCAACAUUGCGCAACGCAUUGGAUGAGUAUUGGCCAACUCUAAGCUGUGGCUCACCAUCAUCAUGUUAUGGACAUAAAGGCUCCUUUUGGGGACAUGAGUGGGAAAAGCACGGGACUUGCUCUUCUCCAGUGAUACGAGAUGAGUAUAAUUAUUUCCUGACAGGACUCAGCGUCUACUUCAAAUAUAAUGUCACGCAAGUUCUGUUUGAAGCCGGAUAUGUGCCUUCAAAUACCGAAAAAUAUCCGCUUGGUGGCAUAAUUUCUGCUAUUGAAAAUGCUUUCCACUUAUCACCUUCAGUAGCUUGCUCAGGUGGUGCUGUAAAGGAACUUUAUUUGUGUUUCUAUAAGGAUUUCAAGCCUCGAGCUUGUGCAACUGACAUUAGAAUCAAACAAAAGGUGGAUUAUUCAAAACACUCAUGUCCAAAGUAUGUCAGCUUACCAACUUAUGAUUCUUCAGGGCUAGGAAAUGCUGGAGCUUAUAAGUCAAUUGCAAUUUGAUACGGAAGGCUCUGCCAGAUGCAGUUGGGUUAUCACUUAAGUGCUGGGACUGAUCCCUCUAGCAUCCAAAUUCAUCAGCCAAGUCCUGCAAUCAUCCAUCGGAUAUCAUAUUACUUCGCGUAGCGGAAGUUCUCAUACAGGGCAAGAUUUAUCCUUGUUGUUCUUGCCAGUUAUCAGAGUCAUGCUGCAGUCUGUUCACACGUUCAGUACUUUGCAUACGAUCACUAUUCUUGACAAUUAUUAGUUUAUCACCAUACAAAUAUGUUAUCUGUGUGGCCUGAAAUAAUGUCAAUGGCUCUUGUUGUAACACAUUCAUUUAGUCUACUUUUACAAGAAAAUGCUGUACAAAAUAUUGAUGCGAAGCUCUUUUCCUCUUAGUCCUCACUUCUCUGUUUUC